AUCACAAAUUCAUCGUCAUCCGCACAAAUAGCAGGCUUGCUGCAAAUACCCCAUUGCAUACUAACAGUUAAAGUCAGUGGAAAUCAGUCGUGAUCCACCCAGUUUCAUACCGUGUGACUCCCUGGUGUUGUGUCUAUCAUUCGUGUGUAGUCCCAUGUAGUACAGCAUUACUCUAACCCUUAUGUGGUCAAGUGUCGUGACAACGAAAUGAUGCAAUAAAAGCCAUUCACGUCCCCCCUCAAAAUGCUGUAAUCACUGGUGAACUCUACACAGGAAAUCUGCUGUGUUUUAAGUUGUAACGAUAGUGGGAGACACUGAACUUAUCAUCCGUGUGAUGUAACAGUGCCUUCAUUGAAGUGUUUCGUGAGUGCGAACUGUGAAAGAAUCGUCUAAUAUUAAGUUUUAGAGUGAGAGUGGUAGAUUCUGUCGCGUGUGUGCUGAAUAAAACAGGAGUCACAUCAAGCAACAUUCACCAUAGUACCGUCAUAUAUGGGAAUGUCAUUUCAGCAUAGGUGACGCCGCUGCAAUGAGGACGAUGCGUUAGCAGUGACUAUGGGAUCAGAGGCAUGGGCGUGCGUGCAGACCCUGGGUCUUUCCGGUGGUGUCAGGCAUUAAGCCGGUCGCGAUCAAUCGCCACUACUCGAUCAUCUUGCGAGUGGACACUCCUCUGCCUCAUUACACUUACUCUUGUUGCAGGAACAACAUCAAAUACGAAUUUAGCCCAACAGGAUGCCGUACAUAUUACUGCCAUUCUUGGAGAGAGUGUUGUCUUCAAUUGCCACGUCGAAUUUCCCGGUGAUCAUCCCGUUCCUUAUGUCCUCCAGUGGGAGAAGAAGGUGAGCGAAACGGGCCAAGAAAUACCGAUUUACAUUUGGUACGAAAACUACCCAACACACAGUGGAGAAGGCUACGAAGGACGUGUGUCACGUGUAUCUCCUGAUUCAUCUUUUGGUGCAGCAUCGCUCAACUUGACGAAUAUUCGUGAAUCGGAUCAGGGGUGGUAUGAAUGUAAGGUUGUUUUCCUCAAUCGACCACCCAACAACAACAAGAACGGCACUUGGUUCCACUUAGAUGUACAUGCACCGCCGCGAUUCAGCGUUACCCCCGAGGAUAUUAUCUACGUUAACUUAGGUGAUUCAAUAAUUCUAAAUUGCCAAGCCGAUGGCACACCCACACCCGAAAUACUCUGGUACAAAGAUGCCAACCCGGUGGAACCUUCUUCUACUGUGGGCAUCUUUAACGAUGGCACCGAAUUGCGCAUCUCAACCAUCAGACACGAGGACAUUGGAGACUACACCUGUAUCGCUCGCAAUGGUGAGGGCCAAGUCUCUCAUACGGCUCGUGUUAUAAUAGCGGGCGGCGCUGUUAUCAUGGUGCCGCCCACAAAUCAAACAAAGUUGGAGGGCGAAAAAGCUCAAUUCACUUGCGAGGCUAAAGCUAUGCCCGGCAAUGUGACUGUCCGGUGGUAUCGGGAGGGUAUUUCAGUCCAAGAGGUCGUAGAUCUCGAAACGCGCGUCAUUAUUCGUAAAGAUGGUUCAUUAAUUAUCAAUCCAGUCAGCGCAGAUGAUUCUGGACUGUACUUGUGUGAGGUGUCCAAUGGGAUUGGCGAUCCGCAGAGCGCUUCGGCCUAUUUGAAUGUUGAAUAUCCUGCCAAAGUGACCUUCACUCCAACUAUACAAUAUCUACCCUUUCGAUUAGCUGGCGUCAUACAGUGCUAUAUAAAAGCAAAUCCUCCCCUACAAUAUGUAACAUGGACCAAAGACAAGAGGUUGCUGGAACCUUAUCAAACGCGAGACAUUGUUGUGAUGAACAAUGGAUCUCUCUUAUUUACACGUGUCAAUCAAAAUCAUCAGGGAAGAUAUACAUGUACACCAUAUAAUGCUCAGGGUACGCAGGGCUCAUCGGGGCCCAUGGAAGUGCUCGUGCGAAAGCCACCUGUGUUUACGGUGGAGCCCGAGCCGAUGUACCAACGUAAGGUGGGUGAAACGGUGGAGAUGCACUGUGAUGCUCUAGAGGCGGAAGGUACGCAAAAGCCCAAUAUUCAGUGGCAGAGGCGCGAUGGGACACCGCUACAGCGAAAUCGGGUUAAAGCAAAUAGUGGGAAUAUCACGAUUGAAAAUUUGAGAAGGUCAGACUUUGGGUACUAUCAGUGUGUAGCUUCGAAUGAGGUGGCGACAAUUGUUUCGGCAACACAACUCGUCAUUGAGGGUACACAGCCACAUGCACCCUACAACAUUACGGGCACAGCUACGGAAUUUUCCGUAACAAUUUCAUGGAUGCCCGGGUACAGUGGUGGCCCGGACUACAAGCAGGACUACACAAUUUGGUAUCGCGAAGGUGGGGUUUCGGACUGGCAGACAAUCCCAGUAACCCCAUCCGGAAGCACCCAGGUCACAGUCAAUCGUCUAUCUCCUGGUACAACGUACGAAUUCCAGGUGGUUGGGAAGAACGCUCUGGGUGAUGGCAUGAUGAGCAAAAUUAUGACGAUACGUACUCUUGACGUGAAUGCGGCAAAAAAAGUGAUUCAGACAACUACUCCGGCUCCAGUGAAUGAAAAUGAAUUCGUUCAUGCAUCCGAUGAUCUCGGCCCAAAACCUGGUGUACCCCGCAAUUUAACCGUAACCGAAGUUUCAAAUGGUUUUCUCAUCACGUGGCAAACACCAUUGGAACGUGCACAUCUUAUCCAAUUCUACACGAUAAAGUAUCGCACUGAUGCCCAGUGGAAGACCCUCAAUCGCGGUCAGAUUCGCCCAGAGGACACAUCGUACCUGGUGAAGAAUCUUGUUGGUGGGCGCACGUACUAUUUCCGGGUACUGGCUAACUCUCUCAAGAGUUACGAAUCCAGUGAGGAGGUUAAAUUCCCGGUACCAGCUCGAGUCAAGCACAAAGCAAUUACGGCUGGCGUCGUUGGUGGAAUAUUGUUCUUUAUAGUCGCUAUCAUUCUAUCUAUUUGUGCUGUAAAAAUAUGUAACAAGCGAAAACGACGAAAACAGGAAAAAGCAUACAACAUGGUAGCUUGUAGGGUAACGGAUGCUCAAUAUAGAAAACAAAGAUCUGGCUCCAGUGGCCCUAGUCAAGUGCCUUUGAGAAAAUUUAGAGAAGGCAGAAUACCAGGCUUAAAGACCCUUGCCGCUGUUAUUAAUUGGAUCUGGCCACGCGAUCGCUGCACUAAUUGCAAUUCAAUUUACACCCUCUCGCUAACGGACAUUGAGGAGCGCAAUAAUAGCCUACGUGCCAUCCACCGAGCACCCGAUGGGCGCUUUGUACUGGCGGAUGAUCCAUUGGAAAUACCUGAGAGCGUGGAUGUGGUGGACGCCGCUCAGAGCGACGGGGUGGCAUCUCAGUACAGCAGCAGCGAUGACGGGGGCUUCCUGCCGCGACGAAGUCAGGGAAGAGCGUCAUGGCGGAGGCCCCUUGUUAUCUCACCCAGUCAAUUGAGUUCCGACGGUUCGGGACUCAGUCGAUAUGGGUCCCUCUUGGGUCGAGCAGCACCACUCCUCAUGCCCGCCACACGUUCAUCGCUGCACCAGAAUCUCCACAUUAGUACAAUUAGUGGAGGUGGAACGCUACCCUACACACCAGUAUCGAGAUUAUCUCGCUUCCAAGCGAGCUCUCCAGCUACCUCGAGUACAGCCGGGGGUGUAACAUCCCCUUGGUCACCGCUGUACUUCAGUGACCUCAGCUCAGUACAUCAGUCUAGUGCUGAAAGAUCCUUCCCAGCACCAAUGGGGUCACUGAGGUACCUGCAAGAUCGCCACUUUCACGAACUCCCAGCCCUUAGGACAAUCCACGAAGAGACACAGAGAAUGGCACGGGGUUUCGUCCCAGUGGGUCCUCCGUCGCCACACUGGAGAGGCUAUCACUACCUCCCGCAGACACAUCAGACCUAUCGACCGUCUCGGGGGCGUUUGCAGCCACGACAGUGGCGUGCUCGUAGUGCUCCUGAUCUUGCAUCCCCACUCAGCUAUCGCACAACAGGACUCGAGGCUUCGCCCGAAAGUCGAAGCAGUUCCAGUGGUUUUGGCAGUAAGAAUACGUCAACGCAGCAAAAUCAGAGCUCUCAAUCUGGCGGCAGUGGGGGUGAUUGGCGCUUCCUACCGCCCUACAGACCACCCCCACCGCCCCCAUCUUCCCUACAUAUUGGCUACACACGUUCACUGCGACGACCUCCUACACCACCAACGUACUCCAUGAGCCACUGGCUGGAUCUCGUAGCGAGGCUCAAUAGCGCCUCUGAACAGGCAAAUCUCAGUAAAUCCGUUGAUGUGGGCAGCGUAGAUGGGCACUAUGAGUUCGACCCGUCAACACCUACACCAACGGCUUCCACCCCAACAGGUCCCCCGGCACCGCAUCUACUGCAACUAGAACCCUUCUCCCUGGCUAGUGCCCUACCACCAGCUGCUCCCGGACCAAGUGGACGGAAGAGAGUUUCGCGGUAUGACAACAUUGAGGCCCGUGUGCAAGCGAUGAAGGAGGAAUUCUAUGCCUACCGUCAGCGACAGGCAAUGCGUAGGGCUGGAGUUGAACUUGAAAGCGCCUGUUAAUUGAUCUCUAUCCCAUUUCACGUGCAAGUGAUCUCAUAGAAUUUUCAGUCGAUUCCUUUUCUUGUUGCUUUUGAAAGGAAUAUUUUUUAUAGGUUUUUUUGCAAUUUUACUUCGAUAUUUUACGCUCGACGGUUGAGGAAUAAAUACCUGAAUGAUCAGGAUUUAGAAUUGAGGAAGAAAUGAAAGAUUUUAUUCCAGUAUUGCUCAGAUUUGUUGACCUUAAUGGUGAAAUUCCCUAUUCCGAAAGACUUAGGAUUUCUUCAGAAAGACUUAAUUUCUAUUAAAAUUUAAAAAUUUUAAAUUAUUUAAGUUUUGCUGAAUCGAGCUAAAUGCAUAUUUUUCGAGGAUUUUUCUUAGUCGUCUACGGGCAAUGAAAUUUGUAAAAAUCAUGGAAAAAUAUGCAAAUAUAUCAUUUUAGCCUGACUAAGAUAUCUUAAGUCUUAGGUGUGUUAAAAAGUUGUUAAAAAAUCUUAAGAAUGUCUGACUAAUGAUUUGGAGUGUAUAAAAAGUUUUUAUUUUCGUUUGAUCUUAAUGGAUUCGGUUAAUAGGAAACGUUUAAGAACUUCUUAAGCAAAAUUUCAAGAAUUUCAAAUGAAAAUUUACUUUUCUAGACAAUUUUAAAGUCAGACUUUGCAAAAAUUGCAAUAAACUUUUUUGGCGAUUCUUGUGAAAGUUUAACAUGAAAAUUUAUGUUUUCCUCUUCAAUUUAUAUUCCAUACACCGUACCACCGCUUUGUGUUCAAUUUUAUGAAAUCUAUUCUUGAAUUAAACUCUUCUUACUCCUUUUUCUUUUUUAUAUAUUUUUAUUAAAAAAAAUAUUUUUUUUUUAAAUAUAAUCAUGUGUUCCAAAUAAAUGUCAAUGAAAUGGGAAUGAGAAUCAAUUGAGCCAUGUUUUUUUUUUAAAUAAAUAAAGAGAGAUAACAUCAUGAAUGAUUAAAUAAAAAAAAAACAUUUUAGACAUCUACAGACUGAAUAAUAAAGUAAUAGUGUGUUGCAUUUAAUAAUUUUUUUUCGUCUAUUUACUUAUAGCGAUUGUGACUGAUUUUUAUUUUGAAAUUCUUGUUUAAUUUCUUCUUUGUAGCAAGCUCACGCUGAACGUUUCACUUUUUUUUUAAUAUCGGGUAAGCUGAUAAUUCAUAAAUUUCAACCUAUAUCUUUAUGGUUAUUUAAUGAUGUUGUUAUGUGCAGCAAAAAACAUAAAUCUCUCUAAUUUUUCACAACACAAAACCCUCUUUGUCCUCUGUAAUAUAUAGCUAAUUGAAUAAGGAUAAUUUAUUAGGCAAAGCCAUUGGUUUUAAAUGAUGACGGAGAACCACAUUACAUCACUAAUAAGGAUUCAUUAUAUAAAAAAAAUAGCGAGUAGAGUGAAAAAAAAUUUAAAUGUAAUUUACCGAAGUAAUAUUUACAAUACAUUUUAGGAAUUAUAAUGAGCAAACAAAUUCUAAUUCAUAAAAAAAAAACAAAAAAGAAUGUGCGCGUGGAUCAACGAUUAUUAAAAUUUAAAAAAAAAAUGAAGUAAUAUUAACAUUACAUUAUUUAAUAAAUAACUUAUAUAUACUUAAACUUGUAUAGGUAUGAUAUUAACAUUAAUGUUUUAUUUGUGUAAGGUGGUAACACAUUAGAAGAAAAAAUUGCGUAUCGAGUGUAAAUGGUAAAAAGAGAAAAUAAAAACGAUUUCAGUAAAAAGAAGGAUAUUUAAUUAGAAAACACAUAAAUAAAGUAAAAAAAAUAAAAUAGUGUGAUAAAAUUAUAUUGAUGGAAUGGCCGAAGAAAAUUAAAUGAUUGAAAGCCUCAAGAGAGGGGGAAAUUCGAAAAAAAUAACCUCUCGCAAGAAAAUUUGUAUGAAUGGCAGUAAAACGAAAAAAAAAUAGCAUUAAAUUUUGCAUUAAAAAAAAAAACAACAUUGAGUAAUUCCUCACGUAGCAAAACGUAUAUAGUGUAAUUUUUAGCUAAAAAGGAAUUAAAUUUAAAUGAAAAAAAAAGCCAGAGAAAGAGGUGAAAAAAUCCAGUUUAAACAUAUUCAGAUGAAAAAAAAAUGGCAUGAAAAAUGUUCUAAAAACUCAUUAGAAACGUAGUAAAAAAAUUCAUUGUUAAGGAUCUGUCGUCUCUAUCAUUCCUAUAUGCAAAUUUUUCAUAAAUCAAUCAGAAUUUAUUCUUUCCUGCAGCACUGCAAAGAAUACAAAAAUCAAUUUUCAUUCAAACUGAUUUUUCAUUCUUGGCACAAAAUUUACAGUCAUUCUUCCAAAAGUUCCGAUUUAAUAAACAUUUUUCAUCUCUUUGCAUCUCUCUUUGAUAAAGGUUUCUCAUUGAAAAUGUAACAAAGGAAAUUUACUUAAAAAAGAAAAACAAAACUUAUUUGUAUUUAAACAAAGGAAUUAAGAAUAAAAAUGAAAAGAAAAAAAAACAUAUGUCGAAAAUGAGGAUAACUAUUUAUUCUAUAAACAGAAAGGGAAAUUCUUUUACGGUUCUGCUAUCUAUAAUUAUUUUUUUAAAACAAUAAAAAUAAAAUUUCCUUUCUUAAAAAAAAAUAUUAAAAGAUUGAUAAAAUUAAUUUUCAGAGGUGGAUUGUUUGAAAUUUUCUAAAACUGAUAAAUAUUUUCUUAAAGCCCAAAACAAGAAUAAAAAAAAGGAUUCCUAUAUUUUUAUUAUUAUCUAAAAAAAAUUAUAUCAGACCACCAUGAAGUUAAUUUUUAUUCAUCCAAAAUUGCAAAAAGGAAAUUGGCCAUAAAAGGAAACUAUUCCGUGUUUAGGUAAAAAGGUGUAUCUAUAAAAACAAUAAUAAAAAAGUUUUAAAAAAAUUGUGACAUUACCAUAUCUAACAAUUCCUCUUUUUCCUUCGAUAAAAAAAGUUUUCAACAAAAAAUUGUCAUUUAUGAAGAUGGAAAUUUUUAGAGAAAAAAAUGUCAAAUUGGAUAUUAUAAUGAUAAAAAAGGAAUCAUAAAGAUUUUAAUAAAAAAUGAAUGAAAAAGUAAUAAUUCUAACGCUUUAUCGAUCGCUCAGAAUGACGAUCGACAAAUUCUAUAAAACUUCACACCCAAAAAAAGACAUGAAGCACAUUAACGAACGAAUUACUAAAAGGUGAAUGAUAAAAAAAUGAAAUAAAAUAAAAUAGGCAUUACCAAUUUAUAAAUAUUUAAUAAACAUAAGAAAAUAUGCGAAACCUUUUUAGAUAUUUAGUAAAAGAAGAAAAAAAAGAAAGAAUGAUAGAGCGCAUCUAAAAGGUAAAAAAAAAUACAGAAAUUAAAAAAAAAAAUGAAUAUUUAGGAAGAGUGUUGCUAUAUCGUCGAUUUCUCAAAAUAUCAGUUUCCAUCAAUGGAUCUAAUAUAAUUCUCACACAUUUUUUUUUAAUUAAAUAAUCCUGCAAUCAUCGAGUUUCAUUUUUGAGUACAAAUUUUUUAUUAUUUUAAUAUUUAGUCUUUUUUCUAAAUAUUUUUUUUAUUCUAUCUCAAUUAUUUUGAGAACUAUUUUAUUUAAUAUAUAUAUUUUUUUAAUAUUCUCAAGUACAACCUUCUUGUUCAAUAUAUUGUUAUCAUUAAGUCUAGAACAUAAAAACACAAAAACAACUUAACAACAAAAAUAUAUCGUGAUUUAUUUGAGAAUGAAUGUAAAUAGCAUACCACGUGAGUAAUUCUUCAAGUAAAAAAAAAACAAUUGAGAACAAGAAAUAUUUAUUAAAGAGUCUUUUAAUAUACAAUUGUAAGAGAUGAUAAAAAACAUAAAGAAAAAUUACAACAAAGUGUUUGAAUAAGUUUUUCAAUAAAGAAAAAAAUACAUAAUUCUUUCGCACAAGACUUGCACGACAUUUAAGGAAAAAAAUGAUAAUUAAUCAAUGAAAUCAAAUAACAAUUAUAUUAAGUAUUUAUUAUAUAUAGUUUAAAAUGAAGAAGAAGAAGAAAAAAAAAUGAUGGUCGGAUGCUAGAAAUAUCAUUAAAUAUUGCUGAAACGUCUAAUGGAGAGAUAAAAUAUAGCCCUGGCAGCAAUAUUUGUGAUUUGGAGUGACAAAAAGGAAAACUAUAUAAGAAAAUAUCACAGUAGAUCAUCACGAAUGCGUUUAGAAUGCGAAGAUACAACAAAUAAUUAAAAAAAAAAACAAAGCGAAAAUUCUAAAGAUAGACGAACAAACUAAACCCCUGUGCAGACCCCUUAAUAAUCCCACACAGAUCCUUUUAAUUAAUCCAAAAAAAAUUCAUUUGGACAUCUGCAUCCGGAUUGAAGAUAAAAUAGAAUGCAAUUUUAUUAAAAAGAGAUUAAAUAAAAGAAACACACUGUAAAACUUCUGCAUUACUUGAGAUAACCGAGCGAUAGAGAAUGACAGAGAGAAGAUGAUAAAAUAUUUAGUAAUUUUUAAUAAAAAGAAAAAUGAGAAGCAACACUAAAAAUGAAAUUAUAAUGAAAUAACACACGAGUAUAAUGAAAAAAAAAAUCAUCAAAUUUCUUAAAAAAAAAAAUUCUGAUUUCUAAAAUUAAUUAAAAUUGAUUUCAGAUUAGAGAACAAACAGAAAUUAGAAAGGACAGAAAGGUGAAAGAAAAAAAUGCGCGAUGUGGAAAGCAAAAUGAUGAAUUAGAUGAAUUAGUUUUUUAGUUAAUAAGUGUUGAGAAAUAUAGAUGACAGUUGUUACUGUGUAACUGCGCUGUAUAAAGCAUCAAAUCCGAGAAGAAAAAGAGAAUUCCAAAAAAAAAGAGAUGAAGAAAAAUACAAUAAUGUUGCCAGAAUAA